GAUAGUUCACCCAAAAAUAAAAAUUCUUCAUUUACUCACCCUCAUGUUAUUCUAAACCUGUAUGACCUGUAUGGUGAGUAAAUUAUGUCAAAAUUGUAAUUUUUGGUUGAACCAUCCCUUUAAUUUAGUUUUUUUUUUUUUUUAAACAUUUAGUUCAGAUGACUACAUAACUAAUGUAAGCCUACUUAUGUAAAUGUCUUGCUAUAGUAUAUCAAAAGUAUUUGCAUAUGGGAACACAAGUAUGAGGAAAAAUAGCUGCCUUUUUAUAUUUACAUGAUUUUUUUACUUUUUUGAUGUUUUUUUUUUUUUUACAUAAAUAAUUUUCCCCAUAAAUCUUAAAAAAUAAUGCCUAAAUAAAAUAAAAAUUAGCUAUAUAUUUUGUUAGCCUUUAAAAUAAAAAAGUAUAAUAUGGCAAAAAUCCUACUAACGAUAUAGUCUUGUGUAAGGCAUAACAAGCGAUGACAAUGAAUCUCCUUGAAGGUCUGUGUGAAGAUGAUCGUGUAAACCGGAGAAGUGUGUGAGGUUUGUUAAGGGGAGGGCGCGAGGGAUGGCGAGAGGCGGAACAAACCGGCGUGUGUGCCCGGAUACACGCUGAAACGGCUCGCCCGCACUGCAGAUUAACUCUUCAGACGCCGGGGAUGCUCAGCAAUAAAGCACAAGUCACUACAUCCGCGUCCAUUGUUUUUUGGGGGAUCUGGUGGUCGCUGUGAGGUGAUCUGUCCUGAUGUUGUUGAUUUGAGAAUGGGAUUCAGGCUCUGCGUGUUCCUCAAUAAUAUCGAGUAAUCUGACAGCCAGUAAUGAUGCCGGAUAGCCUGAUGAUCCGGUGAUGGACAGCUCCUCGACUGAGCGUUUUGCAGAAGUGGAAUAGAUACGAUGACAAAUUCAUCCCAGCUGUCAAUAUAAGCGACAACAACAAAUCAACUGAUCUCUUCAAUCUACCUCUGACAAGAUCAGCCAUCAAUAACCCAUCAACUCAGGCUGAUCACAAAGCUUCCUUUGUGACUCUUAGAAGAUCCACUUUCAUCCUUCAAGUCAACACCUCUUACAUAUUACUCAUAAUAUCGUUGCAGGGAAAAGCCCUCAGCCAAUCCUUUGGCUGACGGGUUAGGAGGAGGAGGAGGAGCUUCAAGUCUCAUCAGGAGUGUUGUGAGGUUAGUGGCGAGCAGGCUGUUGGGACCGAAUGCAGAACAUCUUCGAGCAGAACUUGGACAUGGCCACGGCUCUGCUUGCGGGUGAGAAGCUGAAGGAGUUGAUCCUGCCAGGUUCCACACAGGAUGAGAAAGGCGGGGUUCUCGCAGGUCUCAUGGUGCAACUCAAACUAGAGUUGCCCUUUGACCGGGUCGUCACCAUAGGAACUGUCAUCAUCCCUAUACUGCUGGUCACAUUAGUUUUCACACGGAACUUUGCAGAGGAAUCUAUAUAUUGCUACACCCCACACAACUUCACACGAGACCAGGCCCUGUAUGCCCGAGGUUACUGCUGGACAGAGCUUCGGGAUGCUGUUCCUGGUGUCGACCCUGAACUUCGGCCUUCCCUGUUCGAGCACAAGUUUCUGCCUUACGCUCUGCUGGCCUUCGCAGGCAUCAUGUACAUACCUGCCCUUGGAUGGGAGUUCCUGGCCUCCACUCGCCUCACAUCUGAGCUCAACUUCCUCCUUCAAGAGAUCGACAACUGCUACCACAGGGCGGCCGAGGGCAGAGCGCCUAAGAUUGAGAAGCAGAUCCAGUCCAAGGGGCCAGGGAUUACAGAACGUGAGCGACGGGAGAUCAUCGAGAAUGCGGAGAAGGAGAAGAGCCCCGAGCAGAACCUGUUUGAGAAGUAUCUUGAGCGCAGAGGGCAGAGUAACUUUCUGGCUAAGUUGUACCUGGCGCGACAUUUAGCCAUCAUCUGCCUCAGCUCAUUACCCAUAACGUACCUGAGCACCUACUACGCCCGUCAGAGGCAGAACGAGUUCACUUGUGCGCUUGGCGAGCCGCCGGACACUAGCAGCAUCCCUGAACUGCGACUGAACGUCAACUGCAAGCUACCAGCCGUGCAGCUCCAGCGCAUUAUGGCCGCAGUGGACAUCGCUUUGCUGUGUACUAUGAACCUCAUUAUCCUUGUGAACUUGCUGCAUUUGUUUGUAGUACGUAAGUCCAAUUUCGUUUUCGACAAGCUGCACAAAGUUGGCAUUAAAACACGUCGCCGAUGGCAGAAGUCACAGUUUUGUGAUAUUAACAUUCUGGCCAUGUUCUGUAAUGAGAACAGAGACCACAUUAAAUCUCUCAACAGACUGGACUUUAUCACAAACGAGAGUGACCUCAUGUAUGAUAAUGUGGUGCGGCAGCUGCUGGCAGCAUUGGCUCAAUCCAACCACGAUGCCACUCCGACUAUGAGAGACUCUGGUAUCCAGACUAUUGACCCCAAUAUGGACCCCUCAGUGCUCGGUGUGGGAGAGCUGGGAGGAGAGCCCUCAGUAAUCAAAAGACCCCGCAAGAAGAUCAAGUGGAUCCCCUCAUCUAACCCUUUGCCACAGUCUUUUAAAGAACCCUUGACUCUAACCAGACUGGAUAAUAGUAUAAAGGCAGAUAAACCUAAACCAGUCCGAAGGAAGAAUGUACCAGAUAGCAUUAUGGCUCCACUUCUGGACAGCAAGAGCACACAACAUCCUCCUACAAACAUAGCUACAGAAUCAAACAAUAUAGAGAGGAAACACACUCUUAACCUCUCGUUGGAUGUUCAUCCCUACAUGCUAACCAUCCAGAAAGCAAAAGCAGACAUAGUCAACCCUGAACCACCCCCUGUUGAGCACUCUCUCAGCAAUGUAUAUAUUGAGGGUCCACAUACAGUUGUCCACGUCUCCUCUUCUCUUACUGAGAAGAAAGAGUCUCCGCCAUUGUCUACCACCACUGCCUUCUCCACAGCCACCCUCUCCACAACAUCAUAUAUGAAUGGUGGAACGGCCAGCAUGCCUCCUCCAGACUCCCCAAAGGUCAAAGAUCCUCUCAACCAGGGGGCAGAGCCUGAGAGCCAGUCCGGGCCUUUUAGUCGAAACCCCUCACACCCGCUGCUGAGCAUCCAUCAUACCUUGUAUGAAGAGGACGAGGAGGAGCAAAACAGAAGGGACAGACUAGCUAGACCAGGCGAGUUGAUUGCUGCUGGAGAGUGUUGAAGGAAAUGUAUACACACCUGCACACACACAAAAGCACUAGAAUAUGAACUGAAGCACAAAGUGAAGCACUGACAGAUAUGAAAGUAGUUGCAGGAUGGAUACAGGAAUUUUCGGUUACUGGUGUCACUGCAGAAAUGCCCUAUUCGCAGUUUGACAUGAUUAAUUUAUUUCUGCAAGCAAAAGGAUCCCAUAACAGGGAUAAUAAUAACUCUGAAAUAAAGUGAAAUAUUGGGCUGGUCAUACGAUCUUAAUAUGUCAACCACCGCUCCAUAAUGUAGAAACAAAAUGUUUUAGACCACUGAUAUAUCUUCAUCUUAUGUGAGUGUAUAUCACUUUUAUUAUUAACAAACACUAUUAAUUUCUUUGUGUAAAAAAGCACACCUUUAAACACCAUCUCCCAGCCUUACAUCCACAUACUUGGAAGUGUGUGUAGUUUUAGGGAAAAUAAAAUUACCCAUGACCUUGGUGCUCACCAUAUGGGUUAAUGAAUUCCCUAUGACAUUCCAAAUGAAGGCAGAGGCACAUCAGAAUUUUGCACAAAACACAGUUUGUUCCUGUUUAACAUCAGUGUCAACAUAGUUUUGUGUUGUUUAUCCGUAUACACAAUCAGCGUCUGUUUCAUGUAGAUGUCUUGAGGUAUCCAACGCAAUACAUGUAUUCUUAAAAUAUGCAACCUCAUUUCUUAUUGUUGCAAUAAUAUGCACAUUUGGAAUGUAUAUACUCAGCUGUACAGGAAAAAAAUGUUCUUACAUCUAAUAAUAUGAGAUUUUUCCUUAUUUAAAAAAAAAAAAAAAAAGACUGUCACAUGGCGUUCAUCCACACACCUCUGGUGCCCUUAUUCAAUGAGACUAUAUCACUCUGGGUCUCUGGGCCAAGUGCUCAAAGACAUUCAACUCUGGAUUUCCCGAAGAAAUAUGGAUCCUUAUACCAGCUUUUUUGAACAGAGUUGUGACAAAAAGAUUUCAGCUUCUUCAGCUGGACAUUUUCAAGCUAAAGAGGAUUCAUGAAAUAUGCUUUUGAUACCUAGAUAACAAUGAACCACAACUCGUGUAAGUGUCAUACCACCUUUGUAAAUCCUGGUUAAAACCUUUGAUAUUCACUGAUGCACCUUGUAGUGAAGUUUAACAAAUGCCCUACCAAAACAAACUUAUAUGAUUGCGAGUGAAGUGCACGAAGCGCACAGUAAUUCACAACAAUUAUAAUCCAAGAGCACCUCUAACCACAAGGCAUGAGAUUGAUAUUAGGGAUAGCUGCAGCUCACUGUUUUUCUAGCACAUAUCAUGAUCAAAGUGCAAUAUUUUUAUGUGAUACAGGGAACACAGAUCAUGUAUGACCAUACCAUUAGAGGGGAAGGAAACACACCUGAUUUUCCAGGCUUGACGUUUUAGAUUUGAAUAUAAUUUGAUGGUAUUAUGGGUGCUAAUCUCAAACUUGAAAAUCUUAAUGGAAUUCAGUCUUUGAGCCGAUAUGUUCAAAUGGGGUUAGACAAGGUAUGUAUAAAAAAGUUCAUGGCCAUGCCACCUUGCUUGUUUUUUUGUUUGUUUGUUUUUGUUUUUGUUUUUUUGUCUAUUUUUUGUCUCAAAUUCUUGACAAAUGUUUUAUAUACGUAUAUUUAUUGAACUGCAGCAUUUCAACCAAAUAACCUGCUUAGAAAAAUAAAUUAAUCUAUGCUAAAAUGAGAAAAUGUUAGAUUUACCUCAUGGGUUGUAUACUGCAUGUUCAAUUGUUAAACUCGUGUUACAUAAUUUACAUGGGGAAAAAAAUACUUGAAUUUGAAUCAUAAACUCACCUAGUCUGUCUUGCACAGGUCUUUAUCUUUUUAGUCUCUCUCUCUGUAUGUUUGAUGAGAUAUCUCUGUUAUACAUGAACCUCAGAAAGAGGAGUAUAAAGUACACAAUGUUGUAAGAUGCUGUAAGCGAUUUUUUUUUAAUACAAUGCAUAAAAUGCUUACUAACUCACAGAAAACAGUGUCAUGAGAAAUCCCACCUGUCCCUCUAUCUGUAACAGUACCACAUAAAACGUUAAAAGCAUUCUAAGAAGCGGCCCAUGCUUUUUAGCCAAUCAGAAACACUCUAUGGCUGUGAAUAAUUUUUUGUGUUAGGGCUUGCUGACAUCCGGUGUCCGUUCUUCUUACUUUGCUGAUAGGAAUAGUUCACCCAAAAAUGAAAAUUAUUCCAUAAUUUACUCACCCUCCAGCCGAACAUAAUCAGAGUUAUAUUAAAUAAUAUCCUGACUCUUCCCAGCUUUGUAAUGGCAUUGAAUAGUGCCCGAGUUUUUUAAGCUCCAAAAAGCGCAUCCAUCCAUCAUAAAAGUUAUCUAUACAACUUCAGUGGGUUAAUAAAUGCUGAGCUCACUUGGCCCAGUGUGAAGUUUUGUUUUGCCCUGCAAACAUAUCUGAGCACUUUGGAUUACUCUUUGGACUGGAUUUACCUGUGUUUGACUUUGCUUGUUUUUUUUUUUGGGAUUUUAUUUUUGCCUCUUCCCCUGAUUUGGAUUAUUUGCCUGUGUAUCGACUCGUGCCUGUUUUCAUGUUUCACGUUUACUCUGACGGACUCCCUUGGAUUGAUUUCUCGUGCCUGGACUCAGUUUUUUUCUCUCUGCAGUGUGUGAUUGGAACUGUUUUAUUGUGUGUUUCGCUGUGUUCCCAAUGGCAUGCCACCAUUCUGCUGCCAUUAUUUGCUCAUUCUUUGUAAUUCUGAUCUCUGCAACUAAUAAACUGUACAUGGAGCCUAACACUCAAGCCUCUUCAUCACAUAAAACUUCGCCCACCAUGGAUUCAGCAGAGAUUCUCAAACUACAACGACCAUGCUCUCUUCAAAUCAUCAACAGUUGUGCAAACUCACUUCGCUAACAAAAGAACUAGUCAAGUCUUUGCAAACAUUCCACUUUCACUCUGAGCCCCCUAGCACAGCUAGCCUUUCAGCUAUAGCUAGCCUCAGUCUCUGCCUCAGAUUUCAUGCCCACGGAUCGUUGGCUGAACGUCUGAAGCAUAUGGCACACUUCACUAGAAACAAUUCAGGAUUUUCAAAGUCGUCAUCUGGUUGGUUGAGUUCUACAGGAUGUCCGGGAGACUUGUGUGUCGCGUUCUUUAAUGGUCCGCCUGGAAACAAAUGCUGUGACUCCAAAUGCCCUCAUGGAAGAAGAACGCCGUCGUGUUUACAACUGUGACAAUGUGUGCUUACCAGGAUCAACUAGACACUGGAUUUUCAAAAGGAUGUGAAGUUCGAGGCUCCAUUCUUGCCGUAAACUUGCACAAUGUUCUUGAAUGAAUAAUUUAUUAGAUGCACACCGGUCUGUUAUUGUAGGGACAUCUUUACAUUUUCACACCCCAAACAUGGCAUGGAACAAAACAAACUGUGAUUGGUUGCGUUACAUGUCAGUCAAACGUCCUCUUGGGCAGACCUUGGCCAAUGAAAGCUGCGAUAGAGUCCAGACCUUCUGCCGUCAGUCUGAAGGUCUGGCUACGCGAGACUAGCCUCGCUUCCCUUUGGCAUCAACCUUUUCUCUCGCUACUGGACAAGUCUGACAGUACUCCAGCAUGCUGAAGUCAAGAUAGCAUUUAUGAUCUCUGCUCUCACUGGUCGAGCACUUGACUGAGCCACAGCUGUUUGGCAGAGAGGUACCAGUCUUCAAUCAUCCUUUAACUUUUUAUUGCAAUUUCAGGAGGUAUUCGAACACCCAGAGGGAGGCAAGGAAGCCGGGGAAGUACUGAUAAUGCUAAGACUCAGGAGGAGCUGUAGUGGUCACCACCGCCUCAGGAGGAGUUGAGCGGUUGUCGUUGCCUUGGGAGGAUCUGUAGCAGUGUGUGGCCCAAACACACAAGAUGCCCGUAGCCAUCACAGACAACGCAGAUGACAGUGGCAGUCACCCUAAUCUAGCUUCGCCAAGAAACCCGUUCUCUCGAGAACCACACCAAAGAUUUUUUGGAUAUCGACUACCCCAUAGACUUCCGAGACUUCGCCUUCAUUGACUUUUACUGCCACAAACUCAAUAACCACUACCAACCCAUAAAUGUCCAUGAUGGUCCUCGGGGGUCACUGGUGAAAUUCCUGGACUACGCCAUUUAAAUAAGUGGUUCAUUGUACACUGUGGGGGUGGUAGAGGAGGACCCUUCCCCUAAACACAGGCUAUGGGCCUCAAGCUCCAGUGGCAGCGGAGCCUGGCCCACCAUGGAUCCCAGCGCUGCCAAGUCCAGUCGUUUCAGUGUCCUCAAGUCCAGUGGUCACAGAGUCGUCUGCAUUGUCUGUAAUAGCUAUGACCAUCUUGUGUGUUUGGGCCGCACACUGCUUCAGGAGGUGACAACCGCUACAUCUUCUCCCGAAGCGGUGGUGGCGACCACUACAGCUCCUCCCGAGGCGGCUGCAGCGGCCACUACUGAUCCUCUCGAGGCAAUGACUACCGGUCCUGAACUUCUGCCUGUUCUGAUAUGGCCAAGAAGGCCGAUUAUGAAUCACCUGUGCUCUCUGUUGACUCAGUAACGACCACAGAGAUCAUCCCUGAACUCUCUGUCUGACUUGACAUGAUCACAGAGGUCAUCCCUGAACUUUCUGUCUGCCCUGACACAACCACAGAAGUCAUUUAUGUACUCUCAGCCUGCCCUGUCAUGGCCAAGGAAGCAGUCCUUGAUCUCUCAACCUGUCCUGUACUGGCCAAGGAGGCCUUCUCUGAACCAUCUGUGCUUCCUGUUUUCUAACAUCUCUGUGUUCUCUGUUUUAGUACUGCCGAAGCCGCCAUGGUGGUCUCCAGUUCCGCCUGAUCUGCCGUGUCUUGUGUGUUUGGGCCGCACACACUGCUUCAGGCAGUGACAACCAUUACAGCUCCUCCCGAAGCAGUGGUGGGACCACUACAGCUCCUUCUGAGGCUGCGGCUGCUACAGCUCCUCCCGAGGCGGCUGAAUCACCUGUGCUCUCUAUUGACUCAGUACGACCACAGAGGUCAUCCCUGAACUCUCUGUCUGCUCUGACACGACCACAGAGGAUGUUCCUGAAUUCUCUGUCUGCCCUGGCAUGACCAAAGAGGUCAUCUUUUAACUCUGUGUGUGCCCUGCCACAGAGAUCGUCCCUGAACUCUCUGUCUGCCUUAACAUGAUCACGGAGGUCAUCCCUGAACUUUCUGUUUGCCCUGACACAAGCACGGAGGUCGCCCAUGAACUUUCUGUCUGUCCUGACACAACCACGGAGGUCAUCCAUGAACUCUCAGCCUGCCCUUUAAUGGCCAAGGAGCAGUCCCUGUCCUGUAUUGGCCAAGGAGGCCUUCUCUGAAACCCCUGUGCUUCCUGUUUUCUAACCUCUCUGUGUUCUCUGUUUUAGUACUGCCGAAGCUGCCAUGGUGGUCUCCAGUUCUGCCUGAUCUGCCAUGGCGGUCACCUGUUCCAUCUGCUCCACCAUGGUGGUCUCUAGCUUCACCUAAUUCACCGUGGUGGUCACCAGCUUCACCUGCUCCGCUGUGGUGGUCACCUGCUCCACUUGCUCCACCUUGGUGGUCUUCGGCUCAGCCCUGGCCCCCUACUAUGCCGUCUCCGCCCUGGAACCCUGUUCUGCCUGCACCACCCUGGCUCUCUGAUCCUCCUCAUUCUCCAGUACCACCACACUGGCCUGGCCCUCCAUCCCUCCCCCUGAUCUGCCUCCCCUCCACCACCCUCCUGGACUCUUGUUUGUUGUUUUUUGUUUUUUGGGAGCGUCUGUAAUCUGCUCCUUAACGUAUUCCUCAUGCAUUCCCUCCCUGUUACGUAUUCCCUCCCUGUUAUGUAUUCCCUGGCCUUGUGUUUCAUGUUUUGUUAAUUGGAAUUUUAGUGUACAUUUUACCUUGUUUCCUGUCCUGUCUGCCAUUUUUGUAGUCCUUGUAGUUUUUUUAGUUGAUUAGUUCUGUGAUCAUUUCCAGGUGUGUCUUGUUUGCUUAUUACCCCUCUAGUAUUUAAACCCCAGUGUUUCUUUUGUCUCUUGUUGAGUCUUGUCCUUACAUAUAUGUUUUGUUUGGGUGCUCCGCCCUGUGUUUGUUUUGUUUAAUAAAAUAACUGCAUUUGGAUCCAGCUCUCCUUUGUUUUUGAGUUCACCCUGCAUUACAAAUGCCUUUUGAAGCAAAUUGAUGGGUUUUUGCACACACGGCCAUUGCUGGAAGCCAGCGAUUAUGGUUUAUAAAGUUUAAAAUAUGGAUAUUUUUCCUACAAAAACCCAUCGCUUCGCUCCAGAAGGCAUUUUUUAAACCCACUGGAGUCAGUUAUGAAUGACUUUUAUGAUGGUUGGAUGCGCUUUUUAAAGCUUCAAAAACUCAGGCACUAUUCAAUGCCAUUACAAAGCUGGGAAGAGCCAGGAUUUUAUUUAAUUUAACUCUGAUUGUGUUCGGCUGAAAGAAAGUAAUAUACACCUAGGAUGGCUUGAAGGUGAGUAAAUUAUGGGAUCAUUUUAAUUUUUGGGUGAACUAUUCCUUUAAUACAGAGAAGAUAUAAUAAAUUAUAUUGAUCAUGAUGAUAAUCGAUGUCUGGCUAAUUUGGUUCUUGAAAUGGAAUUUGCAGAUUUGAUUAAAAUAUCCAGAUUAUAUUGUCUGAUA